AUGCUACAACUAUUCAAGUAUCUGGAAACGGGACGAAAACUCUUGGAAACGGGACGAAAACUCUAUGAGAUUGUAAUCACUUAUCAGGAUCAUGUCCCUGACAACUCAUUCCAAAGCUUCAAUUUGCAUUAUGUCAAUCCUUCUCAAUCUGGAAAUUUUGCGGCUGAUCCAGAAUUUAGCAAAGGCGGAAGUCUUGUAAGACAGGGGAUGCUUACUCAGGACGCCAAAACCAAGAUGAGCCUGGAUUACAAUUAUUUGGGCCCGGGUGUGCACAACCUCCAGAUUCGGAUCUACAGUGGCACACCAACCAACAACUGGCUGCCAUACAAUGAUUGA